AUGUCACCAUCGGACUCAGCCGAGUCAGCCCCAGUCGACCUGGACAGCUGGUACCCGCAGUAUCUGCGCUGCACGCAGUACUUUCUCGAGCAAGGCCAAUUCUCCCCGGCGGUGCAAUCGCUCGCGGCCUUUCUAAACAUCCGCUUACCAUGCCAGCGGAGCCCAGAUCCCGCAGCUCACGUACUGCUGCGGCGGUACAUCCGGCGGCUGGUGGUGACAGCGCACGACAGCCCGGAGGUGCUGGAGGCCUUCUUUGGCGCGGAGUGGACGGGCGGGGUGGGCGGUGUGGUGCAGCAGGAGCGACAGACCUACCUGUUUACCGCGAAGAGCAGCGGGUGGGCGGCGACCAAAGCAGCGUACGAUCUGUCGCCGGACGAGCAGACGCCUUUCCUGCGCCCGCUGCGGGCGCCGGCGGAGGAAGAGCUGCGGCUGGCGGAAUCGCGAUGGACCCAAGAGGAAGAGCCAUGGCUGAUCGCCUUUGUCGAUCUCUUCGCGGGCCGAGAAACACAGGUGGUGGUGUAUAGCAGCGAGGAAGCGGUUUCCAGCCGGAAUGUCCCUCUACCAGCACAAGCACAAGCACAAACAGAACCCCUCAGCAACACCAGUCAAUGUCGUGGUGAGAGGUUUCUGUCGGUGCUCACCCCAUCAUCUCCCCUCCGGAUGAUCGAGAUCCGCACCCAGCUCCUCGCUUUGUUUGGGUAUAUCAAAACCCACCUCCUGCCCAGCUACACCGCCCAUCUGGCGAGAUCGGGGCCGGUUUUGGGGGCAACAGAUCACCAGCUGGCCCCGCCACCGCCACAUUCGUUUUUAAUCGGGAAUUUACACACGGGUGUUUUUAGUACUGCUUCAGGUGCUGCUUCACCUUCUACCUCAGCGCCUCCCUCAGCACCUUCCUCAGCCCCCGAAAUAUCCCCCUUCAUCUCCGGCCUCAAAGUUCACCGCUACGACCGUAGUCCGUACGUAAAGUACCUCUUCGAUGGGCAAUUAGUCCGUGGAGAUGAUACCUUCAGUGCUACUACUACUUCUACUGCUACUACUGCUGCUGCUGCUGCUGCUGCUGCUGCUGCUCCUACCCCUACCCCUACCACUACGACCACUGCCCGGACACCCCCCAAUCCCACCUCCCAUCCUCCAGGAAACCAAGACCACUCCUCCCCCCAAAUCCCACCCCUGCACUUCCGCUUCCACACCCACGAUGGAAAACACGGCGUCCAACCGGACCAUUUCGCCCUCGUGCGGAGCAGAACAGUGAUCCCGCGGUCGGAUGCCACAUUAGCCAUGUUACCGGGGGCGGCGGUUUAUGUGCACCGCCCAUCUGAUCCCGAUCCCGGUCCCCGAGGGGUCGGUGAGGGAGAGGGAGAGGGAGAAAGUGCCAGCGGCGGCAUCCGCACUCCGGAAACCCCCGUCGCGUGGGCGUUUCUUGGUCCGGACGGGUCGUUGGCGACGUUGCAUGUUGAGGCGGAGUAUCGCGGGCGAGGGUUGGCGGGGAUGGUGGCGCAUGAGGCGAUGAGGAGGGGGAUGGUGGUUGAUGGGCGGUGGUCUGGCAAUGAUAGUCUAAAUGGUCAGAAUGGUGAUGGUGGUAGUGAUAGUCAGCAUCAAGGGUUGGUGCAUACGAAUGUGGCCAUGGAGAAUAAGGCGAGUCGGCGGGUGAUGGAGAAGUUGGGAGGGAGGCUGGGGUGGACGGUUACUUGGACGGUGGUGGAGGUGUAG